CGGUUUUGCUUGGUGAUCUUGGUUGGUGUGUUCGAGCUCGAGAGUCAAGUUCAAUCAAGCAGACGGAUCGGCGUUACUUUAAGUCAUGGAGGCCUUACUAAAUGGCCAGUGCGCUACACAGAGCGUCGGCCCAGCUAAUCAGCUGUUCGCGCUACUGGUGCAGACUAUCCUUGCGGCUCAAUGCACGAUUUCACCACCGGACAUGUGGCCGAAGGACUACGGACCGACGGCACUGGCUCGCGGUUUAGAUGAGUACGAUUUUGUGAUCGUUGGAGCCGGCUCAGCUGGGUCCGUUGUCGCGAACCGGUUGUCCGAAAACCCCGACUGGAAGGUACUGCUGCUCGAGGCUGGCGGUGAUCCGCCAAUCGAGUCCGAGAUACCGGAAACCUUCUUUACGAUACAAAAAACCGAAGCCGAUUGGGAAAAUUACGCCGAGCUCACGCCACACGCCAACAAGGGUUCCAAGGAUGGCGGAUUCUGGCCUCGUGGCCGUACGCUCGGUGGAUGCGGUGCAAUCAACGCGAUGCUAUACGUCCGCGGUAACAACCGCGACUACGAUCGCUGGCAAAAGCUAGGUAAUGCGGGAUGGAGCUGGGACGACGUACUACCAUACUUCAAGAAAAGCGAGGACAACCAGGACGCGGAGUUGUUGCAGCGCGAUGGUGGCAAGUUCCACGCCAACGGUGGUUACCUCAAAGUGAGCAAUUUCCCCGUGAAACAUCCGCUGGCGGACGUGCUGCUGCAGGCAUUUGAUGAUGCUGGGUUUGAGUCCACCGCCGACAUUAACGGACUUCGGCAAGUUGGGUUUGGCCGUGCGCAAGGCACCAUCAUCAACGGUACCCGUUGCAGCCCGGCAAAGGCAUUUCUGGUACCGGUAAAGGAUCGACCGAACCUGCAUAUUAUCAAGCACGCGGUUGUGGUUAAUGUAGAGCGCGAUCCGUCUAGUGAGCGGUUCAAGUACGUGAACUUCAUGAUCGACAACAAGAUGCUGAAGGUGGCGCACGCACGCAAGGAAAUCAUUCUAUCGGCCGGUGCAAUCAACACGCCACACAUCCUACAGCGUUCAGGUAUCGGACCGAAAUCGUUGUUGGAGAAGGUCAACAUACCGCUGGUGGCCAACCUGCCGGUUGGGGAAAACCUCCAAGAUCACCUGUUCGUGCCGGUUCUAUUCAAACUGCACAAAUCGACGGCGGAAAAUUACAACAUCGAGCAGGAAUUGGCGAAAAACCUGUUCCAGUAUAUCAUGAACCGGUCGGGUCCGUUGGCUGGCCACGGAGUGACUAAUGUCAUCGGGUUCGUCAACACGCUCAAACCAUCCGAUCCAUUCCCGGACAUUGAGUACCAUUUCUUCCAGUUCGAGAAGGGCUCCGGGAAGUCGGUCCUCUUCUCCGAGAAGGUUGGCUACAAUGAGGAGAUAUCCCAAUCCAUGCUGGAGGCAGCCACCGAGGCGGAUGUAGUGAUGGGAAUCGUGGUUCUCCUAAACCCUAAAUCGAAAGGCCGCGUCACGUUGGCCAUCGAAGACUUCAACGAGUUCAACCCGCCACGCAUUGAGAGCGGCUAUCUAGAGCACGGGGACGAUAUUGCCACGGUGUUGCGAGGAAUUCGGUACCUCAAUCAGAUCGUAGACACGCCAACCUUCCAGGAGCACGAAGGUGAACUACAUCGAAUGAAGAUUACUGAGUGCGAUCGGCUUGUGUACGACAGCGACGACUAUUGGGAGUGUUACGCACGUUACAUGUCUCUGACGUUGUACCAUCCUGUUGGAACCGCUAAGAUGGGCCCGGAUAGCGACAAGGAUGCCGUUGUAGAUGCUCGGUUGCGCGUGAAGGGUGUCAAAGGAUUGCGCGUUGUUGAUGGCAGCGUGAUGCCGGACAUUGUGUCGGGAAAUACUAACGCUCCUAUCAUGAUGAUUGGAGAGAAGGCGUCCGACAUGAUCAAAGCAGAUUGGGGCGAGACACCGCAACAUAUAGAGCUUUAAAUGUCAUCCGUGUUUGUACCAUCUCAUAUUGUUUCAUUACAUUGAUAGUUUUUACUCUUAUUAUGAGAGUUGCUUUGCUGCAACGGCUUGCGUCAUGUACUUUAUCGUAUGUUAUGUUUUUUUUUGGUUUUAUCAAUAAAUGAAUA